AUGCCUGACCUUGUAUGGUCUCAUUCGACGGUAGACCCGGCGCUCCUCGCGUGCGAUACGGGACUAGGAGAUGCAGCUUCUCCCCACCAGCAGGAAAUCCCGAACGGAGACUUCUCUGGUAACAAUGCAGAGAGGCGUGCGGACGAGUGCGCCACUGUACAAUGGGCCGAAAUUGACCAUGAAGCACCCAGCUUCUACACGUACGACCAUCCUCGAGAGGAAGGCGUUACAAUUCACGACCAGAACUGCCAAGAUCUGCAAGAUCUAUUCGGAUUGCACAUAUUCAACCCUGUUUCCGCCGUUGAACACGAGAUGAUAGACCCAGAGGAGCUUCAAGGAGCCCCGCAGCGCGAAGAUCAGAGGUGUCUUGAGAGCAUCGACGAGAAGGGCCCCGAGCCCGCUUUCAUUCAAGAUAUGGAGGCUCUCCAAAGUCCUGACACCAGCUUCGAAUGGAAGGAAAGGGCACUUGCCGUCAUUUUCAACAAUAUCCUGAAGUACCGCUAUUGCGACGGUGAUCGUGCUUUCCCGCCUGUGGAGUUUUACAUCCACUUGACGCACAACGAGGAGGACAGCAAUGAGAUACAGCCUCUGGUGCGUCGCUGUGCCGGGUACUUUCACCUGGCAUCGCAGAAGGCAGCAGACGACACUAUCGAGACGCUUAGGGUGCUGCGACAGACCAUUGUAUCUCCAAUCCCUCAGCCCGGACUGGAGCCCGAGGCACAGAAUGACGGAACCAGGCAGACUCAGAGCGGUCAUCUUCAGGCUUCAGAAGCGCAGUCAACUUCGAGCCAGGCCACAAAGACGUCCAAGAAGGCGUCGAAGACGAGCAAGACCUCUGCGAGGGUCAUCGAUCAUCAUAUUCCCCCAUUGAUGCGAGAGGUUAAUAAGGAAUGCUCUUUCAAAUACCGAGGUCUCAUUAGGGACUCCAGUCUAUUCCUUCAGACUGAGCGAGAAUACAUGAGGAUUCUUCGCCAGGAGUCGAAGAAAACUACCGAAGACCAAACCUGGCCCGCUGACGCUAAACACGAUCGGAGAUAUAUCCGGCAGCUUGUGGAGGCAAUCGUCGAUCUAUCCGACUUCGAGGAGAAGCGCGUUGCUCUUGCAAAGAAGCAAGCCCUAGACGAAUACGAUGCCGUGGAAGGAUCUGGCAAGAGGAAGAGGGGUGGCACCGCCCAUACAAAGCCUCCCGCGCCGAACAAAUCCGAGGCAGUCUACCUCAACCCGGAGAAAACCAGUUCCGAGAAAUUGGAAGCUGCCGUGGGCCGUAAGCUGUCUGAUGUUGAGAUCGAAAUCCAGGGCUAG